UCACUUACGUCAUAAUGUUAGACGCCAUAUUGUAUGUAAGCUUUGCCAAGACUCCGGAACAUUGCUAAUUCCCAAAAGGGGUAACACUUUCCCAUUCCCAAAGGAUCAAUUCACAGAAAAGCGAGCUGUAAAUCUCUGGACCUCGCUCUGGAAUCGUGGAAGAAAAAAAGAAAGCUUUACAAGAUUAUCUUUCUUUUUGCCGCACAGAGCAAGACAGGAAGAAAUGGAGACAAGUCAGUAAAUCUAGAUGAAAGAGAAGAACAACACAAACACGAUGGCAUCAGCUGCGGCAGUUCAGGCGACGAGAAUAACAAUUUAUAAAAAUGGUGACCCGUUCUCAAAAGGAAAGGAUAUAGUUAUCAACCAUCGAUACUACAGAACAUUCGAUACGUUUCUCGACAAUGCAACGCGCUAUGCGAAAUGCUCUGACGCAGUGCGUAAAAUCGUUACACCACAAGGACGUCAUCAUAUCAAAAGCGUAGACGACCUGCAAAAUGGUGGGAAAUAUGUGGCGAUCGGGCGCGAGGCGUUCAAGAAAAUCGAGUACGGGGUGUCCCGGUCGAACUAUAGGGCUUCAGUGAAAUUUCCGCGCAUGCAACGCAAUCUUCCCCAUUCCGGCCGCGCAAGAAAGGUUUACGAGGCGGAGAAAUUCGCCAUAAAGAGAAUAAAAGUGUAUACUAACGGAAAAAUACUUAACCCCCCCAGAAAGAUAAUUCUCAAAAGGUUCAUGCUUACUGAUAUGCCGACUGUUCUCGCGAACGUACAGGACAGCAACAUUGAAUGUAAUUUUCCGAUAAAUCAUCUGUAUACAUUGGACGGCAAACUUGUUUCAGAACCGUCGACAAUUAUUGAUCAUGGUGAAUACGUGGCGGUAGAAAGGGGGAGUCGCUUCAUGCAUAUGGACUAUGGGCAUACUGGCGUGUCCCCCCGGAAUCUCUUGUUAAAGAAGUCCCCUCGUUUUUCCGAUCCGGGGGAUGCAAGCUUUACCCAUAAAUCUCCCAAUAAGGUUUUCAAGGCUCCUAACAGACAAAAGCCUCCACUGACUGAAGACGACGAACCGCCUGCUUCAAAACCACUCAUUGAUAAACGUCUGAUUUCCAAACAGGAGAGCUUUCAGAAUAUUAAUUUAUCGGUUACACCACCAAAUGUCGGUGAAUCACCCGACAUUACUUUGCCUUCGAUCAACAAGAUCUCGAAAGAAGCAAAACAAACUGUUUUUAAAAACCCGAAAAAACCUCCAAAGAAAGUGGCGCCACUUGGGGAAAUCCCGAGAAAUAUCGAGGACCUCGAGGAAUCCGAAAAGUCAUCGAUUGCGCAAAAGCUGUUCGAAGCGAGCGGAAUGAGGUCGGAAUGGGGCGAUAUGCUCGUAGAGGACAAGGCAAAGCCAAUACACAAAGUGACUAAGAGAAAUACCGAGGAGCUCAACGAAGCCAAGCAGUCAUCGAUUGCCGUCAAGCUAUACGAAGCUAGCGGAAAGCAGUCGGAGAGGGGAGAAAUGAUCAAAGAAGACAGAACAACAAGGGUAGAGAGGCUGAUCGAUGAUGUUCCGGCAGAGGAGGUGAUCGACGAAGAGAUCACGGAAACCUUCGAGGAGAACUCCGAUAUUCUGAUUCAAGAGCAAGUUCGUAAAACAAUAGAAUCCGAGAAGAAAAAGAUUGAGAGGGAAUUGAAGGGUAAACGGGUUUCCCUGGAACACAAAAAGCACACUAAGGAAAACACAGCCUCACCGAAAAAUGAAGAUGAAAUUGACAAUCACGGUGGCAAGAAAAACUCCAAAGAGAAAAAGAAAGCAUUUGAAAACAGCUCACGUUCUUCUAGUCAAUCAAGAAAGGAUUCCGUAAAUGACGGUGAUGGACACGCAACUAAAGAUGUCACCAAAAACGACGGUACGGAGGUUGCAAAAGGCGAGUCUGAAGAAGAAGUCAGCGAUGAAGACGAGGAAGAGGUAGAAAAUGACGACGACUCCGAAAAAGAUGAAGUCAGCGAUGACGAUGCUAAAGAUGUGACGUCACCGGAAGAGGAGCCCAAAUCAGAAGCUGCUCUUUCGCCACGAACAGAGGAUGAGAAUUCGUCGCCUGUGAACUCACCUUCCGAUGCCGAUUCCCCCCCUGAGCAAGACACAGAUGAGGAGCCCUCCAGUGAACCAGAAGCCCAUGGUCAGGGGGAGGCGGGCAAGGCCGCCAAGCCGACAGCACGAGACAAAAUCUCAAAGCGCGCAAACAAAAGCAAUGGUAGCGUAAACAACAGUGAAAGCUAUUUCUCGUAGGAAGGAGGAAAUGGGUUGGAGUUUGGUGGAAAUUGUGGACAUUAUUAUAUUUUAUCGAUUGGAGUUAUUUACAGGUGAUUUUUGGAUCUUUUUGGAAUGUGCAUCAACAUGGUUGGCAUGGUAUUUGGAUUGCUUAUUAUAAUAAGACCAGUCAGAGACCAUGAUGUAUGGUCUCUUGUGACCAGUGAAGUGAACGAGGCUAAACGUAGGCAGAUCAGAGAAUCAACGAUGGUUGUUGGCUCUAUGAAAAACGUUUUUUUAUCUGUAUCGCUUUUCUUCGUCUAUUUGUAGAUAUUAUUGUUUGGUUGGUUUUAAGCACCGCAAGCGCCCUACACGGCGUUCAAUUAAGAGCUUGUUUUCUAAAAAAGAGAUAUUCCCUCUGACAUGCUAUAUUGUAAAACAUAUUUAAGUAAUACAUACGAUUAACAACAUAAAAAAACUAUACCUGUCAUGAUAUACAUUCAUAGUUACUAUAUAUUCUAGAAAUUACAUAAAUGAGAAAUAAAUUACUAAUGAAAACGUA